AUGUCUGGACGCCAGGUGAGUCGUUCCAACACUUCCAGCCACCUAAACCACCCCAGCAAUGCAUCCUCUCCAGCCCGCACUCCAGGCCGGACCCCCUGCCCCAGCCUGACACGGACCAACAGCCUCAAGCGCUCCUGCACCCCGAGUGGCUCGGAGUUCAGCAGCUGCAGCAGCCGCUCGGAGUGGCCCACCAGCCCCAGCUCCCUCAGACUUCCACUGGGGAGGAUCUGCAUGGGCCGACCUUAUAGCUCCAAGUGCGUGGAGACCAGCCACCUGGCACACCACCCCCCGGGGACCAGAAAGCCAGCUUGCCGUGGCAGUCCCCACUGCCAGCUCUGCACGGAAGAUCCUUCCAGCACGUCCAGCCCAACCUUCCUGGACCACCUCAUCAAAGGCAUCAACUACCUUGACCGAUCCACCAGCUGCCCCCAAACAUCGCUGAGCCUGCCCAGGCUUGCAGCCAACUGCUUGGAACGAGCUGCCAACUCCAUCCGCCUGGACAACCUGGACCACAACCCCGACGGCAACUAUUCCAACCCCGGUGCCGCCGAGGCCACCCCUGAUCAAUUCAGCACCAGCACCUGCAUGGUGCCGUCCACCAAGGGUGCCAGUGCUUUACAGUACAUGGACAAAUCCACCAACACGAGUUCCACGUCCCGGCCCAGCAACCGGAAACUCACUCCCACGCUCCCACAGGGGUCGGGGGUAAAGUUGCCCGAGCUCCCUUGGUUUGGCAAUGGGAUUCUUUCCUUAGGUCGUCUGCCUAAGAUUUGGGAAGCGAUCCGUUCAGGCUGGCGUGCCCCUGAGCCCAUCUCCAAACCUGCUGGCUGGUGGUGA